CGCGUUGACUCUGACCGCCUCCUCCCCACCUACGCCGCCGCCGCCUCAGCCCUAACCCUAGCGCCGCUCCCCCGGCGAGGCCGGAGCGCCCUGGGCCCUCCCCGCCGUCCCCUGAGACGACGUCCCUCGCGGCCGUAUCGCCGCAGGGGAGAACUAGGUGAAUGCUACCAGCAUGAUGGCUCAAACCCUGCAAGGGAAAGUUAUGGCCUCCUAUGCGCCGAGCAGCUUCUCUAUUCAGCAACAGAUGUCACCGAGCGAUUUUGAAAUGCUUCAGCCGGAUAACAUGGAUCAGUCUACCUCUCCGAUCCGCGGCAUUAUCAUUCAAAAAAUUGCAAGUUGCCUGAAAAAGAGGGAACAAUUUGCUAAAACCAGCCCGGAUUACCUUCUGAAAUUUUCAAGAAAAAUUGACGAAUGCCUCUACAAAAGAGCACCAAAGGUCCAUUACAUGGAUCUCAGCACUCUAGAAGUCAGGGUGAAUGCUUUGCUCAAUUCUGUAUCGCAUAGAAACCACAGAGAUUCAUGGAUAUCCUCAGCAGCUCCAACGACAAAAAAUUUACAGCAGCUGCCUGGGAUACAGAUGAUAGACUCUAGUGUCUAUCAUGAGAGAGUUGAUCCUGCUUUUACUAAUUUGCCUGCACGUGCAAGAGACAUGCCUACACAUACUAUGUUCACUUCUCAGAGAUAUUUACCAUAUAAUCACAAUGUUGCAGCUGCUAAUUUUCAUCUAACUGAAAGGCCUGAAAGCUUUAGGAGCACCUUAGUUGCUCCAUGUGUGUCAGCACUUCCAAAAUGUAGUUCAGGACUUGGUGAGAUUGCCAGUGCUGGAUUCCCAAAUGGCCAUGUAAAGGACAAUUUUCCAGGUCAUCACAUCCUAAAUGAUAUGAGCGAAUUUUCACCAGGUGGUGCUCAUCCUGUUGAUAGUCCAAUAUCAUCUAUGUCUGGGAGUUCCAGUCCUUUAUCAGCCGUGUGUGAUCCAACCACAAGUUCCAAUGCAAUGAUAAGAUCAUCGGUGGACUCUAUCUCUAAAGCAAGUGGACAAAAACUUUCUGCAGGUUCUGAUUCCACCGGUGAAGGACAAUCAUUUCAACAAUACAGAGAAUAUGAGAAAAAGUUAGAUGGUGCAUGGAGCCAGCCAGUAGAGCAGUCAGUUCACUCAAAUAGCACAACUGAAAGACAUGAAAUGUAUCAAGGACAAUGUCAACUUGACAGAUGCGUGGAAAUGAAAGAAAAAUUUUGGCGCAUGUCGGACUGUGAAGAUUUCUGCAGGGAGACAUACUCAAGUUUAAGCUCCCCCAGUGCCCAGUACCAGUGCUGCCUUAUGGCAGACUGUGAUCCUUGUGACCCUGAGGGAGAGAGAAUUGAGAGAUCUGAGCAGACAUCAAAUAGCACAGUAUCAAAGCCAUCCUCACCUGUUUCAGAUGAAUCUUAUGGUAAGCGUCCAGUAAAGCGCCUGAAGGCUGACGUUGCCGGUCUUGUCGAUGUCAAUCAAGUAGAGAGUCCAAAGGAGCAAAAGCCUGUUGUGAAUGGGGGGAAUCAUGCGUGUGGUGAAACAUUACACUCAGAAAUCACAGAAUUGCCUACAAAAUCACAUUGCAGUUCCUUGGGUGUCAUUAAUGCUGACACCGAUGAUAUGCUACGACAGGGUAGUGAAGGUGUACAUAACAUGGAGAUUGUUACAGAAAAAGAAUUGCACUGUGUAAAGGAUGACAUUGAGAUGAAAGACUCUAAGAGUGUGGAUCAGACAGCAAGUGGGGUCAAAUUAAGUUUGAGGAGGAAAGGAGGAGCUUCUAUACUUUACGCAUUAACUGCCGAGGAGAUUCGAGAUCACCUGAGUAGUCUAAUAAACCAGCAUACUUGUUUGGGCAAGUUGACAUCUCAAGAAACCCAAAAUAAUGAAGGCUUGCCUGAUCAGAAUACAUGCAGUUUAUGUGGGAUGGAGAAGCUUCUUUUUGAACCACCUCCACGAUUUUGCGCUCUCUGUUUCAAAAUAAUAAAUUCUACUGGUUGCUAUUAUGCUGAAGUUGAAAAUGGAAAGGAUAAAUCUUCAAUUUGUAGCAAAUGCCACCAUCUAAGCAGUUCCAGAGCUAAAUAUGUUAAGAGAUUUGAUUAUGCUGAAACAGAUGCUGAAACUGAAUGGUGGGUCCAGUGCGACAAGUGCAAAGCUUGGCAACAUCAAAUCUGUGCUCUGUUCAACAAAAAAUGUGAAGGGGCAAAGGCUGAAUAUACUUGUGCAAAUUGUUUUUUGAAGGAAAAGGAUAGUGGAGACAUUUAUGCACUGGAGUCAUCCACUGUUCUUGGAGCACAGGAGUUGCCAAGAACUAAAUUAAGUGAUCAUAUCGAGCAAAGGCUUUCUGAGAGGCUGGAGCAGGACAGGCAACAGAGGGCAAGCACCUCAGGAAAGGGCGCUGAAGAGGUACCACGAGUUGAAGGUCUUACAGUUAGAGUAGUAUCUUCAGCUGACAGAGUACUGCAAGUCCAACCACGUUUUCAUGAAUUUUUUAAACAAGAAAAGUAUCCUGGGGAAUUUCCAUACAAAUCGAAGGCAAUUCUCUUGUUUCAAAAGAUUGAAGGUGUGGAUGUUUGCCUGUUUGCCAUGUAUGUACAAGAGUACGGUUCAGAUUGUCCAUCACCAAAUCAGAGGCAUGUUUAUCUUGCAUAUAUCGAUUCUGUCAAGUACUUCAGGCCUGAAAUAAAAUCUGCAAGUGGGGAGGCUCUCCGUACCUUUGUGUAUCAUGAAAUUUUGAUUGGUUAUCUGGAUUACUGCAAGAAACGAGGAUUUGUAAGUUGUUCCAUAUGGGCUUGCCCAUCUACGAAGCGUGAUGAUUAUGUUUUAUAUUGUCAUCCAACAGUACAAAAGAUGCCCAAGUCGGACAAACUUCGAAGCUGGUAUCAGAACUUGAUCAAGAAGGCUGUUAAGGAGGGUGUAGUUGUGGAGCGUAAUACACUCUAUGACUUUUUCCUUCAGCCUGCCAAUGAAUGCAAGGCCAAUAUAUCAGCAGCAUGCUUGCCAUACUGCGAGAACGAUUUCUGGCCUGGAGAAGCGGAGAGGCUCCUUGAGAAGAAAGAUGAUAAAACCUCACAGAAGCAAGAGACACAAGUAGGAAGGCUCUUACGUGUUGCCAAACGUGAUGACAGAAAAGGAAACCUUGAGGAUAUUUUACUUGUGCACAAGCUUGGAGAAAGGAUGCGCACCAUGAAAGAAGACUUCAUGAUGCUUUGUCUGCAGCAGUUUUGCAAGCACUGUCACCAACCUAUUGUAUCUGGCAGAAGUUGGGUUUGCACUAGCUGUAAAAAUUUUCAUCUUUGUGACAAGUGUCAUGCAGAGGAGCAGAAUACAGCACAGAAGGACAGGCAUCCAGCCACAACAAAACAGAAGCAUGCAUUUGAAAGAAUAGAGGUAGAAUCUCUUCCAGAGACUGACGAUGGAGAUCCAAUAAUGGAAAGCAAGUAUUUUGACAGCAGAAUAGAUUUCUUGAAGCACUGUCAAGACAAUCAAUUCCAGUUUGAUACCCUCCGGCGGGCAAAGCAUUCUACAAUGAUGAUUCUUUAUUAUCUACAUAAUUCAAGUUGUUCUGCUUGCCACCAUGCUGUGGAUCGGUGCUUGGUGUGGCGGUGCCUACGGUGCAUAGGCUGCACCUUUUGUGAUCCAUGCUACAAACAAAAUGGUGAAAGUUUGCAUAUUCAUGAAUUAACACAGAUUGACACUAGCAAGAAGAAUGCACAGGACUAUGUUGAAUGCCUUGUGCAUGCAUCGAGAUGCUUCGAUCCUCGCAACUGCACUCUUCAAGUUUGUUUAACGUUGAAGAAGCUGUUCUUCCAUGGCGUACGGUGUGAUAUCCGUGCCCGUAAUUGGGGAGGUUGCCAGAAGUGUGUCUUCAUGUGGAAAAUUCUGCUCCACCACUCAAAAGGUUGCAAUGAUACAGACUGUACGGUUCCGAGAUGCAGGGAUAUAAAGGUAUACAUGGCUGAAAAGAUGAAGCUUCCUGGUCCUGUGUAGCAGGCCAGCAGAUCAGAAGCAGGCUUCUUGUAUAAACUAGUGUUGGAUUUUUCUCCUCCUUAACCAGUAAAAAAAAUUGUUGAUGAAAAUGCAAUAAACUGCGGUUGGCCGUUGCUGACGGAUGGAACUGCAAGGUAAAUAAAGUGGUGACCUGGUCCUGCUGGUGAGGUGGCUUCAUCAGAGUUAUUUGUUCCGCUGGUUUUCCUAGCAUUGGCAGAAGAAAGUUAGGCUAGUGCACUGAGCUUCGAUAAUCUGUGUAUGCCUAUUUUACUAUGUCAUUGAGGGAAUUAAAUUACUGACGGGAGCUUACAUAGGCAAUCUGACAUUUGUUUUAGUGCCCGUACAUACGAUGUACAUAUAGUCAUAGGUGGCUCAACAGGAUAGAUGGUUCUGUUUCUUCCUUGCCUUUCAGUUUUGUUCUAGAUUGUAUUGAACAAGACCACAUUUUUGUUGAGUGUUCUGUGCUGUGGCGACAAAUCCAAAUUCAUUGAAUGAAUGAAUGUGUAUAUUUACUCGUA